AUGGCGGCGGCGACGACAAUGGCGACGGCGGCGGGGGCGGUGGUGCUUCUGUACUACGUGCUGAGCCGGCGGAUGUCAUCGACCCCAGCAGAGGAAGAUUCCGUCGGCGGUGAGUACUCGAGAUCGAAGGGUAGAUCUGCGAAGAAGCGGCUGGCUCGGCGUCCAGCUCAGGCGCCUGCAACAUGGCUCGAGACGAUCUCUACGCUUUUGGAGACUCUGAGGUUCACGUAUUCGGAGACUCUCGGUAAAUGGCCGAUCGGUGACUUGGCUUUCGGAAUUAAUUAUCUUAUUCGAAGGCAGGAUUCUUUACAAGUUGCAAGUGUAUAUGCUGGUGAAAAUUGUAGGCGACUGAAAGGCCCUAAACCAUUUCCAAUAUUUUUGGAGUCUGCUGGCUACUCUGAAGCAGAUGUCCUCCUUCAGAAGCCCAAAGCAGGGCUUCUGAAACCUGCUUUUACCAUUUUACGGGAUGAAAAUUCAAAGUGCUUCCUGCUUCUGAUUCGUGGCACUCAUAGUAUUAAAGAUACAUUGACUGCAGCAACGGGUGCAGUUGUCCCCUUUCACCAUUCAGUUUUGCAUGAUGGUGGGAUUAGCAAUUUGGUUUUGGGAUACGCACACUGUGGGAUGGUUGCAGCUGCUCGAUGGAUAGCAAAGCAAACUACUCCAUUCUUACUCAAGGCCCUUGAACAAAACCCUAACUAUGAAAUCAAGAUUGUUGGGCAUUCACUUGGUGGUGGUACAGCUGCACUGCUGACAUACAUCCUUCGAGAACAGAAAGAAUUAUCUUUGAGCACUUGUGUCACCUUUGCACCAGCUGCCUGUAUGACAUGGGAGUUGGCAGAAUCUGGGAAACACUUCAUCACUACAAUUAUCAAUGGUUCUGAUCUGGUUCCUACAUUCUCAGCUGCUUCUGUGGACGAUCUUCGUUCAGAGGUAACGGCAUCUUCUUGGUCAAAUGAUCUGCGUGAUCAAGUCGAGCGCAACAGAGUUUUAAAGGUCAUUUAUCGAUCUGCCACUGCUCUUGGGUCUCGUCUACCAUCUAUUGCCAAUGCUAAAGCAAGGGUUGUUGGUGCGGGUGCACUUCUGCGACCUGUCUCGAGCAGCACUGAGGACAUGAUGAAGCGUGCACAAGAUGUUGCUCAAGCAGUUGUUAGGACUCGCUCUUCCAUAUCAUCAUGGUCAUGUAUGGGACCCCGCCGUCGUGCUGUGGUUCCUUCAUCUGAUUUGCCCGAGGCUACCCCUCUUUUUCCCGAGACAUCGGAAUCUACGGCGAGUGAGGAUAUAAGCAGAGACCUGUACACAAACAAGGCAGAAUAUUAUUCGUCGUCUGAUCAAUCGGGCAUAGAAGAGACUGAUGACGAUGAUGAUCUCCACGCAGAUAAAGCAGUCGCUACAUCAACUAUGGAGAAUAUUACAGAAGGCGAGUUGUGGUAUGAAAUCGAGAAGGAGCUCCAGAGGCAGGAGGAGGAGGUAGAUAUCCAUAUACAGGAGGAAGAAGAAGAAGCUGCAGUGGAGGAAAUUACCGAAGAGGAGAAGGUACUGUCUGAUGCAGUCGAAAGUCGAACACCCAUUUCUUCCUCGGACGUUUCAGAGAAUCUACAUUUCUAUCCUCCAGGUAAGACAAUGCAUAUGGUUUCUAUACUUUUAUCUGAGGCAAGCAAUUCGAGUCUCAACAGUUCAGUAGACGAGCAAGUUGGUAUCUAUGAGACGCCACGAGAAUUGUACAGUAAGCUCCGAUUGUCAAGGACAAUGAUAAAUGAUCAUUACAUGCCUAUGUACAAGAAAGUGAUGGAACAAUUGAUCAUACAACUGGGAAAAGAAGAAGUUGGUAACGAAAUAUUAACGUAA